GCCCACACUUUGCUCUGCUCGCCUGCUGGGCAAUGCGGUGAAGAGAGGAGCUGUCCAGAGGGAGGUCCGCAGCGGAGUCGGAGAUGGGGUGCGCGCAGUCGCGGAUCGAGUACGAGGAGGAGGCGGUGGCGCGAUGCAAGGAGCGCCGCCAGUUCAUGAAGGCCGCCGUGGCGUGCCGCAACGCCUUCGCCGCCGCGCACUCCGCCUACGCCUACUCCCUGCGGGAGACCGGCGCCGCGCUCUCCGACCCCGCACACUGGGAGGGGGUGUCGCCGCCGAUAGACGAGGAAAUGCCGCCGCCGCCGCCGCCGCCGCCGCUGCCCGAGUUCUCGCCGUUGCCGGGGAAGAUCCACCGCUCCAUGAGCAUGCCCAUGCCGCCCAAGGCCGAGGCCUGGGGCCCCGCCGCCAUGCUCCACAGCGACUCCAUCCGCGAGGAGGACGAGUUAGAAGACGAAGACGCCACCGACGACGACGACUCCCAACUCGACAACCGGCGGCGCCACCGCCACCAUGCGCAGCCCGCGUCAUCACCACCUCCCCCAGAAACUCCCAUAACCCCCCAGCCACCACCCCCUCCCCCGCUUGACCCCAAGGCCACCGAGGACGACGAGAUCGUCCCAGACCCCGAGGACGGCAACUACGUCCCCGCCUCCCCUCCUCCUCCCCCUCCACCAGCACCCAUACCAUCCUCCUCAUACGACGACGAGGAGGAGCCGCGCACGCCGGAGAUGCCCACGCUGCCCCCAUCCCUCCCGCCCAAGCACCCCAAGAAGAAGAAGGGCCGCGUUGAUCUCCUUGGGGUGCUCAAGGAGAUCGACGACAGCUUCCUCAGGGCGUCCGAGAGCGCCAAGGAGGUCUCCACUCUGCUCGAGGCCAACAUGAUGCACUACCACUCCAAUUUCGCCAACAACGCCAAGGGUCAAGGUCACGAUGCAUAUGUCCUUAGGCAUAUAACAUGGAAGAGAUCGUUCAGCGGCUUGCAAAAUGGUGAUGACGGGAAGGAUGAUUUUGAAAAUGAUCCAUCGGAGACUCUGGUAACUGUCGUAGAUAAAAUUUUAGCCUGGGAGAAAAAGCUGUAUCAUGAAGUGAAGGCUGGUGAGAUUAUGAAGCUUGAGUAUCAGCGGAAGGUUGCUUCAUUAAAUAGACAAAAGAAAAACAAUGCUGCUAUUGAUGUUCAGGAGAAAACUAAAGCUGCUGUAACCCAUUUGCAUACAAGAUACAUAGUUGAUAUGCAACCAAUGUAUUCAACUGUGUCAGAGAUCCAGCAUCUCCGUGAUAAUCAACUUUAUCAAAAACUUUUGGAUCUUGCUGACAGGAUGGCAAAAAUGUGGGAAGACAUGCACAUGCAUCAUGCAAACCAGCUGAAAACUGUGUUAGAUCUCAAGUUAGCUGACAUUUCUGAUUCCAAUAUCGAAACAAGUGCACAUCACCACAGCCACAUGCACCAGCUGCGUGAUAUUGUAGAGAAGUGGAACUUACAUUUCAGUGAUCUCAUUAGCUACCAGAAAGAGUACAUAAAUGCUCUCUACAGCUGGUUAAAAUUGAACACUAUACCUAUAGAGAUCAGCUUAGAGGAGAAAGUAGCAUCGCCACCAAGGAUGCAGCAACCUCCUGUUAAAGCUCUUCUCCAAUUUUGGAAUGAGCAUCUAGCCAAGCUACCCGUUGAUCUUGCCAGACAUGCCAUCAUUAGCUUUCGGGCAGUCCUGGACACCAUAUUAAGUGUCCAAGACAAGGAGUUGAAACAGAAGGAGUACUGUAACCAACUUCACAAGGAAUACGCGCGGAAAGCUCAGGCAUUCGAGGACUGGUAUCACAAGCAUGGACAGGGCAGAACUUUUGAAUUUCCAGAGAGCGGUGAGGGGACGAGCCAAAAGGAUGCAAUUUCGGAGAAGAGAUUCGCUGUAGAGAGCCUAAAAAACAAGCUGGAUGAUGAGGUUGAAGUCCAUAAUAAGUUGUCCAAGCAAGUCAGGGUGAAAUCUCUUUCCAUCCUGAAAGCACACCUGCCAGAGCUGUUCCGUGCUCUGACUGACUUUUCUAGUGCUUCUUUCGACAUGCACUCGCAGCUAAGAUUGUUGUCACUCAUGCAGGAUCAGGGUAGUCAUAACUAGCUCAUGAACAUGUACAGGAGUUAGGCCUUGAAAUGUUGUAACGUUUGUAUUGUCUCCCUAGCCUUUUUGCGGUAUGUGUAGUAGAUCUUUAGAUGAGAACAGUUAAGCAUGGUGACCGUUUUGUUAUUUGAAUUAUCAUGGGGA